AUGUGUAUCCGCACGACAAUCUGUUUGGCAAUCAUCGUGGCCGUGGUCGCGUGUACUGUUAAUUGCGAGGAAGUGCAAUCGUCAGUCAUCAAAGAGGGAAUAAAUUUAAACGCAACACAAUACAAUGCAACAAUAAACGAUGACAAAAAUUUUUGGGAGUGGAUAUUGGCCGGGAUAUUGUCCCCUAGUGAUUCCACGACUGAAAAUCCGAAACCAGAAACUCCUAAAGAGUGUUUACCUUGUAAAUGCGGUUUGACGAACGUACAGAGACGUAUCGUCGGUGGUGUCGAGACUCAAGUUAAUCAAUAUCCAUGGAUGGUUUUAUUAAUGUACAGAGGACGAUUCUAUUGCGGUGGAUCUGUUAUAAGCUCUUUUUACGUAGUAACUGCCGCCCAUUGUGUCGACAGGUUCGAUCCCAACCUCAUAUCGGUGCGGAUAUUGGAACACGAUCGAAAUUCCACUACAGAGGCAAAGACGCAAGAAUUUCGUGUCGAUAAAGUGAUUAAGCAUAGCGGUUAUUCGACGUAUAAUUAUAACAAUGACAUCGCGCUCAUCAAACUGAAGGACGCCAUUCGAUUCGAGGGAAAGACGAGACCUGUUUGUCUUCCAGAACGAGCGAAAACUUUUGCCGGAUUGAAUGGAACGGUGACAGGUUGGGGAGCGACAGCAGAGUCUGGCGCCAUAUCACAAACUCUACAGGAAGUCACGGUUCCGAUUCUCUCGAACGCCGAUUGUCGCGCCACUAAAUAUCCAUCGCAAAGGAUUACAGACAACAUGCUGUGCGCCGGUUACCAAGAGGGAAGCAAGGAUUCGUGUCAGGGAGACAGUGGUGGUCCCCUGCAUGUCGUCAACAUGGAUACGUAUCAAAUAGUCGGAAUUGUAUCUUGGGGCGAAGGAUGCGCAAGGCCUGGCUAUCCCGGUGUUUACACCAGGGUGAAUCGUUACCUCUCGUGGAUAAGUCGCAACACCGAGGACUCUUGUUACUGUUGA